AUGACCAGUCUACUGCCAGAGGACACAGUAGAGUCCCAAGGCUCAGAUGAGCUUGAAUGCAAGAUCUGUUACAACCGCUAUAACCUGAGACAGAGGAAACCUAAAGUCCUUGAGUGCUGCCACAGAGUAUGUGCCAAAUGCCUUUGCAAGAUCAUAGACUUUGGGGACUCCCCUCAGGGAGUCAUAGUUUGCCCUUUUUGUAGAUUUGAGACAUGCCUGCCUGACGAUGAGGUCAGUAGCCUUCCUGAUGACAACAACAUUCUUGUGAAUCUGGCAUAUGGGGGAAAGGGGAAGAAGUGCCUACCAGACAAUCCUACAGAACUCUUACUGACUCCCAAAAGGCUGGCCUCUCUUGUUAGCCCUUCUCACACUUCCUCCAACUGUCUGGUUAUAACCAUUAUGGAAGUACAGAGAGAGAGUCCACCAACCUUGAACUCAACCCCUGUGGUGGAAUUCUAUCGGCCCACAAGCUUUGACUCUGUUGCAUCUGUACCCCAAAACUGGACCGUAUGGAACUGUACAUCCUUGCUCUUCCAGACUUCAAUUCGAGUCCUAGUUUGGUUGCUAGGUUUGCUAUAUUUUAGUUCCUUGCCUUUAGGGAUCUACUUACUGGUAUCAAAGAAAGUCACCCUUGGGGUAGUCUUUGUCAGCCUUGUUCCCUCGAGUCUUGUUAUUCUCAUGGUUUAUGGCUUUUGCCAGUGUAUAUGCCACGAGUUUCUGGAUUGUAUGUCUUCUUAA